GGGACUGCUGGGCUGGAUGGCGUCCAGACCGACAUGGAAAUGCUCUAUCCCAAGACAGUUGUACACGUGGGCAGGAUGACUUUUGGAGAAGAGAGCAGGAAGAAGAUGGCCAGUAGCUGUCUGAAAAGAAUGGAGAAUGCGAAAAUUAUCCAAGCUACCUGCGCGCUGUUAAAUUCUGGAGGGGGUGUGAUCAAAGCAGAGAUUGAUGAUAAAACCUACAGUUAACGAUGCCAUGGGCUGGGGCAGGACCUGGAAACUUCUUUUCAGAAGCUCCUUCCUUCAGGUUCACAGAAAUACCUUGACUACAUGCAGCAGGGGCACAAUCUCCUGAUUUUUGUAAAGUCCUGGAGCCCAGAUGUCUCCAGCCUCCCCCUAAGGAUUUGCAGCUUGCGUUCCAAUCUCUACCAGAGAGCCGUGACUUCCACUGUCAACCUGAGCGCCAGCAGUGCCUUGGAGCUUCUCAGAGAGAAGCAGUCUAGAGCCCAAAGAGGAAGAUCAAGGGUGAAGGAGUGGAGUUCUCAGAAAGUUCCUUAAGGAUACAUUCAGGAAGAGGAAGAUAGGAGGGUGUCUGCCUCAGAACUGUUUCAAAAGGACAGGCUCCUGUAUAAGGAGAAACUCAAUGUUACGGAGUCAACACGUGUGGAGCUUAAAACGUUCACCACCAGAAAGAUUGUCCCUCGGAUUAAAGAAAUGCUGCCUCAUUACGUUUCUGCAUUUGCCAACACCCUAGGGGGAUACCUAAUUAUUGGAGUAGAUGAUAAGAGCAAAGAAGUGUUUGGCUGUCAGAGAGAAAAAGUGAACCCUGACUUACUAAAAAAGGAAAUAGAAAGCUGUGUAGAAAAAUUGCCAACCUUCCACUUCUGCUGUGAGAAGCCAAAGGUGCAUUUCACAACCAAAAUCUUGAAUGUGUACCAAAACGAUGUCCUGUAUGGCUAUGUCUGUGUGGUUCACACGGGGCCCUUCUGCUGUGUAGUAUUCACAGAGGCCCCGGAUUCCUGGAUCAUGAGGGACAAUUCUGUCACAAGGCUGACGGCGGAGCACUGGGUAGCCAUGAUGCUGGAUAUUCAGUCAGCAACUUCCAGUCUGGCCACUGACUACAGCUUUCACCUGAGUUCACCAGCUCCAUCAGCCCUAGGAAGCCCAUCAUCUCCCAAAAAAGUCCUGGAAUUUAAGAGACCUCUACAACAAUAUCUGUUUCCAGUGACACAGGAAGAGAUACAGUUUAAACCAGUAUCCCUCAGUAAGAAACUCUUCUCAGAUCAUAAAGGACUCAAGGAAUUAAUGAAGACACAGAUAUAUCCUUGUUCUCAGGGGAUUGUGAUAUUUUCUAGAAGCUGGGCCAGUGAUGUUGGCUUAAGGAAAGAGCAGGAUGUCCUGUGUGACGCUCUUCUAAUAGCAGUUAACAGUCCCCUGGUACUCCAUACAAUCUUAAUACGCCCCGGUUGGAUUGGAGGGCUUGAAUAUGGCCAAAACACUGUUCAUCAGUUAAAGCAGAAACUGGGAACCGUUGGUAGUUACACAGGGAAAGUAUGUGCUAUCCCAAGGUUGAUGCACCUGUCCAGCACACAGUGCAGCCCCAAUGAAAUCCCUGUUCACUACCCCCAGUCCUACAGGCUUGCUGCCAAGGAUGAAAUGGAAGACUUGUUGCCGGCCUUUAUCAUAGUCUCACUGUGUUCCAGAUCUCUUCUGAGUGACCAGCUGGGCUGUGAAUCUUUCAACUUGCUCAUAGAGGAGCAAUGUGAGUUGCUUUCAGAAAGCCUUCAGGAGCCGUGAGAAUUGUUUAUCCACUGCUUUCCAGGAACCAGGAAAACAGCCCUAGUCAUAAAGAUCAUGGAGAAAAUUAAGCAUUUGUUGCACUGCAAACCAAAAGAGAUCCUUUAUGUUUGUGAAAGUGACUCUUUAAAGGAUUAUGUGAUCCAACAAACCACCUGCAGAGUUGUGACUCGGAAAACCUUCUUACAAGGGGAGUUCCUAGAGGUUAAACAAGUGAUGGAUGAGACUGAGAAUUUCUGCAGUAAAUAUGGAGACUAGUGCUUGAAGGCCAGGAGCAUCACCCUUCCAAAGGUGAGGGGAGCUGGGAGUGAAAACCUUCAUCAUGGGAUUCUCUGGAUUAUUCUGGACCCUUUCCAAGUCCAUCAUGCAGAUAUUAAUGGCGUCCCCCCUUCAUCUGCUCAGUUUCCUCAAAAAACAAUCACCAAUGGGAUCCACUGUGCUCUGGAAAUAGCAACGGUCACGAAAGAAGAAAUGAGGAGGAUCAGAGCAAAUCUGCCCUCUGGCAGGUCCCCAGACACACUGCCAUUGUUCAGGGAAACUGCCUACAAGGAAGCAGUGUGUGCCCAGGGCCCGCCUGUGGUGGAUGACACAGAGACUGGCCUCACUAUGGAACAAAUUGUGAAACGCGUGGCGGAAAGGUGUCACCACCUGUUCCAAUGUGGCUACCUGCCCAAAGACGUAGCCAUUCUGUGCAGGAAAAGGGAGGACAGAGGACGCUAUGAGCCUGCACUGCUAAAAGCAGUGGGAUUAUUUGUAACCCCUGGAGCAACGAAGGUUCAACAGUUUUCAGGCCUGGAGAGGAAGAUUGUGUUUGGGCUGAGUCCAGAAUGUGCACUGUCAGAAGAAGCACAUGAGCUCCGUUUUGCCUCAUGAGCCAUUAAACACCUCUACGUGCUUUAUGAAAAGAGGGCAGCUUUCCGAAAAUUAUUUUAACCAUACAGGUGCCAGAAAGAGCAGAGUCUCUUCUCUGGGGGAGGUGGCAGCUACUCCUUCUCACAUAUUGCAAGUGAGAAAGUCAAGGCACAGUAAGUACCGUGUGGAGCCAAGAAAUGUCUCUUGGGAGUGACCUUUCACUCUGUGUGCUGUUACUGUCCUUUUCCUCCUCCUAUACACUUAUGGCAGACUGACGAUUGGUCCCCUGCCUCUGGUUUUCCUAUCCAGUCUAUCUUUCAGGGACCAGCGGUUCUCCUUAAAUGGGGAACUGACUGUGUGGCAUUCCCUGCCAACGUAUCUGCAGGGAGGCCCUGCAGGCUAGAAGCCAAACCAAUUUUCAAGGCUUUCCAUGACACACCCUGACUUCCUCUCCUAAUGUGUCCUUUGUUAUAACUCCUCUCCCAAGGCGUCUAAGACAGCCCAGCCUUGCUGACCCAUUUUGGGAGUGGGAGGGAGGAUGCCCCCCAGGCUACUUAUUUUUAUUUUUUUUUCAAUUUUUUUUUCAACGUUUAUUUAUUUUUGGGACAGAGAGAG